AAACCGUUUAGAACGAUGGCCGGGAAGCGACGAGACCGAGACCAACUGCCAUUCCUUGUGGUUUGUGGCCUACUCAUCCUGGGUCUGGCCAUUGUCGACUCCCUGGAAUGCUAUGCCUGCGAUUCGGCCGAGGAUUCGGAAUGCGCCACCCGACCCGGACAGCAGCUGGAGGUGGAGGAGUGUUCCCAGGCCAGCGACGAGUGCGUCACCUCCAUAUCGGCGGGUCUCACACGACGCGGCUGCCUGGCGCGACUCUAUCCCAAUGGCUAUUGUGCCGCUCCGUGCGACCGAUGCAAUACGAGCCUGUGCAAUCGGCACGUUUAUCCCACGGAUCGCUUGCGCUGCUAUCAGUGCAGCGGAUCGGACUGCAUCGAUGUGACCACUCGACCGCAGUACCUGUUGCCCUGUCCGAUUUAUCGGGAGGAUGAUCGCUGCUACACGAACGUAGUCCACUUGUCCAAUACCCAGCGCGGCUGUGAGCACACCAAUCUACCGACCACCUGUCCGCAUGUCUGCUUGAAGUGCAACUACAAUGGCUGCAAUGUGGAGAAGACAGUCACGGAAUCGCGUUGUCUUCAGUGCACCCACAAUCGAUUGGCUCCGAAUCCCGAUUGCCUGAGGGAUCAGGUGGACAGGGAGGAGGAGGAGCAGCCAAAGUGCUCGCUGGACAACACAACUGUCACACACUGCGUUAACAAGGUGAUGUACGGACAUCGGGAGAACUGCUACAGCUAUCGGAACACCCAAACGGAGGUCCUCCAGCGGGGCUGCUCCACCACAAUGGGUUUCUAUCCCACCGGCGAGCUGAGCGAAUGCCACGGUGAAUUCUGCAAUGCCAACUGCCAGGAUAUUGUCUGUGCCGCCUGCAAUUCCACCGCGGAUCCAAAUUGUCGCGGGGGCCGGAAUUUGCCAACGGAAAAGUGCGCAGCUGGCACCACGGCCUGCUAUUCCUGCGAGCAAGAUACCUUCCUGCGACGUGGCUGUGCGGAUGCCAAUUUUGCACCUGCUGCCCUGGGCGACAGUUGCCAGUUGUGUCGUGAUGCGGACUCGUGCAAUCGCUACUCCGUCCGGAGUUGCUAUCGCUGCAAUGCCCAGGAUCAGGACACGGACUGUGCGGCCAUGGACCUGCCCUCGGCGAUGACCACCAGUAAUUGCUCCAGUCCCACGGAGCUGUGCGUCAGCACGGUGGUCAGUCGGCUGGACGGAAUCUAUACGGUGCGAGGAUGCGAGGGCGAAGUGCCGGAGUGCUCUGCCAACGAUCCGUACUGCGUUCGGUGCAACGGAAGUCGGUGCAACGAUGCACCAACUCUCUGGCGGCAGACGCAACUCGAUUUGGCCACGGAUGUGGAUAAAUUGCCGGAUAACUGGUGGUCACUACUGCAGUACUGGUGGUCCAGAAAACUCCGAUAA